GGAGGAAGGGUUCAUAUUUCCGCCUCCUGCCUGCUUGUUUGCUGGUUGUUUGGGGAGGGGCUCUGGUCUUGUGAUGGGGGCGACGCGGCUAGCUUGGACGGGGGCUUCGUCCGCCAUGUGAGGGAGGCCCCCCUCGCUGGUUCUCCUUCAUCAUCAGGACAGGUUCAGUAAGUGGAGCUGCAAGAGUGCCACCUUCAAGCCUCCCAGCAAUCUCACCUGCCAGUUCCCCCGCCCCGACAUCAUCUGAUCAGUCAUAGCCCGAACAUGGGCAUUUUCAGCAGCGGCACCAUCCUGGUGGAACAGCCUUUCAGAAGAGUGCACUGCUAAAGCUGUGAUGAAAUGGAGCCCGGCACAAAUUCUUUUCGAGUGGAAUUCCCUGAUUUCUCUAGCACCAUUCUGCAGAAACUAAACCAGCAGCGCCAGCAAGGGCAGCUGUGUGAUGUUUCUAUUGUAGUCCAGGGUCAUCUCUUCCGUGCUCAUAAAGCUGUUCUGGCAGCCAGCUCCCCUUACUUCUGCGACCAAGUGCUCUUGAAAAACAGCCGCCGAAUUGUCCUGCCCGACGUCAUGAAUCCUAGAGUAUUUGAGAACAUCCUUUUGUCCUCUUACACUGGGAGGCUGGUGAUGCCCGCUCCAGAGAUUGUCAGCUACCUGACAGCCGCGAGCUUCCUUCAGAUGUGGCACGUAGUAGACAAAUGCACAGAGGUGUUGGAGGGGAACCCUUCCGUCCUUUGUCAGAAGCUGAAUCGCAGCACUGACCACCAGUCUCCAAGCAGCAGCAGUUACAAUGGCCUUGUUGACAGCUUUGAGCUGGGAACUGCAGGGCAAACAGACUUCCACAAAGCACAGGAACUGAGGGAUGGUGAAAAUGAAGAGGAAAGCUCGAAAGAUGAGCUUUCCUCUCAGCUAACGGAACAUGAGUAUCUUCCCAGCAACUCUUCUACGGAACACGACCGGCUGAGCACAGGGAUGACAAGCCAAGAUGGGGAAGAAGGAGCCAGUGAUAGCGCUGAAUAUCAAUACACCAGGCCCAUCUAUAGCAAGCCCAGCAUUAUGUCUCACAAACGAUGGAUCCACGUGAAACCUGAGAGAUUUGUGCAGGACUGCGAAGGGGUGGAGGCACACACCGCUUAUGAUGAGCACCAGGUCUCUGCGUCCCUAAAUGCCAUACAGGUGGACCACUCGAUCCAGACCUCCAGCUCCGAAGACUUCCAUGUCUCUGUGAAAAAAAUGGAAACCCAGUUUGAGCAAGCUGAUGAAAGCAAUUACGAUGAGCAGGUUGACUUCUACGGCUCUUCCAUGGAAGAGUUCUCCGGGGAAAGAGCCGACGGAAGUCUAACCAUCCACAGGCAGGAAGCUGCAGUUGCUGCAAGUUAUGGGGAAAGCCUCGAUGUGCCCUCUGGAAUCAAAGAAGAAAAUGCCCUUUCUGGGUUUUCUACAGCCGACAAGCUGUAUCCAUGUCAGUGUGGCAAAAGCUUUACACACAAGAGCCAGAGGGACCGCCAUAUGAGCAUGCACCUGGGCCUCCGGCCUUACGGGUGUGGCGUGUGCGGUAAGAAGUUCAAAAUGAAGCAUCACUUGGUUGGCCACAUGAAAAUCCACACAGGCAUCAAGCCUUAUGAGUGUAACAUAUGUGGGAAAAGGUUUAUGUGGAGGGAUAGUUUUCAUCGGCACGUAACGUCUUGUACAAAGUCCUAUCAGGCCUGUAAGGUGGAACAGAACGCUACUGAGAUGAACUGAAAGGGAGAGCAGAUGCAGAGUGAGCAGAAUGGACGCAUUGCUCAGAGUGUGCCCAGUCCUUGCUAUUCUGAAUGAUUGGUUUUUAAAUUAAUUUUUGUGGCCUAGCUGGGAGCAUCUGUAGAGGUGUGCAAGGAUGUCAGCAUGGCUGUGGAAUCCUUUGCCAAGGCUGCAAAUCAUGAAGCCGGUUAGAGCAAUGGUACUUUAUUGUAGUUAUAAUUGUGGUUAUUUAUUGUUUGUGUUUCAGUAGCACUGGGGGGGGGCGCUAUCGUCAAAGGGCCUUUUUAGCCAUUUAAAGUUCACAAAGGCGAUGUGUGCAGAUAUGUGAACACCGGAGUUCCACGAUUUAGAGGGAAAUUUUCAUUAAUUAUACUGCUUGGAUCAGCCAUCCACAAUACUUGCAUUCCGUUGGCAAAAUGGGUGUGUGCACAGGUACCUGUCUAGAACCAAAGGCUGAUUAUAUCUCAAACAUGAGCCACUGAGCGUCCUUCAGGUGCCGACUGCUUUAAUGAGUGGCUGCUCUUUGAUCAGUUGAACUUUGAGUUCCAUGACUGUCUCUGUUUGUCUUGGCAGGCUAUGUUAGCUUCAUGCUUGUUUUUUUAAAAACUUUUUGUAUAGCACUUGAGCUAUAAUGUGAUGAACACUUUAGGGAUGGAAUAAAAUAUAUGCUUCUGAUCCACCACCUCCCUCCCCUCCCUUAGUGCCUAAUGCAAUAGUCAGUCAAAUUUAGCCUUUGCUUUUGGCUGCUGCGAAAGCAAGUAUCAUGUUUAUUCCUGUAUAGGCAUAAAUGUUCUUUUGUGGCACUUAAGAGUUAAAGCAGACAUUUGUCUGGUUUAGGUUUGUGUGCAGUUUUAAAAAUCUGCUAAGUGAUGGUUAAUUGCUAUUACUUCAAAAAGAAUCACUGUACUGAUUCUACUUCAGGUUUUGCAGGAUAAGCUAAGGAGUAAUAAAACCCCUUGCUGUUACUCAGACUUGGAGCCAUGUGGCCCCUUGGCCAGCUUUGGGGAAGCUGCUUGGUGAUCAGAAAUCAAAAUGGCUUUUGCUGGAUUCUCCUUCACUGUGCUGUGCAGACAUCUCUGACCCUGGAAGCAGUUUCUGAGCAUGAUGUUUAUCCCCUGUGGAGGAUAAAUUUUGAACACUGGAUUCCUUUUGUAACCAAAUGUGGUUGCUAAUCCUUGUUUUUGAGAACUGCAGGUUCUUUCUUCCCCCCAGUUACAGGUUAAUUCAAAAGAUGGAGGCAAACUGGUAUAGUUAAAGCUUUUGUGCUGCUAUUUGAUUGGAAGAAAUGCCCCUCCCCCCAGUAUUUGCUGUGGAUAAAAGGGCGUGGAUGGCAUCACCCAUGUGCAUUAGCUGGCAGAGCAGUGCAGUGCUUCCGUAGCAGAAUAAUGAGCCAGUGCCAAGGGGCGCUACCAGUGC